AAACGAACCACCGACCUACCAGUCACAAAGUGGUCAUAGGGAGCCGAACCACAAGUGCAAGAUGACGGCCGGUCCGGGGUACCCCAUGCUGGCGUUGGUGUUGCUGUGUUGUCUUACGAGUUCCACGGAUAUAAUAAAGUAAACGACCCGAUUCGUUUUCGAACGCUGCUAGUGGAAGCUAAUAAGGCUUUGAAGAGAACCACCGAGGAGGAAGGGGCACCUCGCACGACGGGGACCCAGCUGAAGAACUACUUGCUGGAGGUUCUCUCUGGGAUGCGAGUCAGGAAUGUGGUCGUUAUCACCUCACCGUCUUUUGAUGUGAAUGACGUGAUGGCGAGCAUGUGGCACCAAGGACUUACUGCCGAGGUCUUUCGCGUUUCUCAAGAUGCUGAGAAUCACAAUAAUCCAGCCAAGUUUCGCAACAAGACAGCUAAAGAGGAGAGUUUCACAUGGGAGAGUGUGAACUGGAAGUUUCUGUAUGGGAGGGGCCCGCUGUUUAAAUCGGAGACGGCUACUCUUGUGUUGGGUCCAGCAGCGUGGGCGGCCAGGUCUGCUAUUGAGGUCGUAUCCCGGGCCGUUCUUGGGAGGUGGGACUCAUUGCUCGUAGUCCCCGUUGGAGAAGCCAGUGCUAUAUACGAGCUUCCCCAACAUGUGCAGCUGGGGACUCGAGUGGCGGUGAUACAGGAGCUUCCCCGUCGCGAAAAGGAUAAAAAGCAGCUGGCAUGUAGCGGCGUGGUGAAGGAGGCGCGUCUGGUGGGUCCUAGGCAGUAUGCAUUAACCUCGGUGGGAUGUUGGCGAAGCGGCGAACUCUCCCUUGAACCGCAUUUCCUUCGCCCCAUCAACUCCUUCAUGGGCUCCGCGUUGAGGGCUGGAACGCUCAAGGGAAUCCAAGAUGUCAUAGUAAAGCGCGACGGGGACAAGAUAACCUACGACGGCGUCUUCGGCAGUUUCUUGAUGCAGAUCCUCAACAAUCUCAACGUCUCCCUGGAACUCGAGGAUUACCUAACUGUGGGCGGUUUGGAGUCCGACGGGAAGCCCGAGGGUUUGUUGGGGGCGAUGUACACGAGGUCCAUCGAUAUGUGUGCGGUCAUCCUCUCUAUGAUACAGGCGAGGGCACAGGUCAUAGACUACAGCAUAUGUAUAGUCUUGUAUUCAGCCAAAUUCAUGACCAAACUUCCUCAACCCAUGGUCGAACAAUUCCUGCUGUUCAAGAUUUACACCUGGCAGGUCUGGUGCACUAUCCUUGGGUUCCUUUGCUUUUCCUCCAUCGUAUCAACGAUAUUGUGGGGGCGUCUGGAUGGAGAGAACACCCUGCCGUGGACAAGUACAAAAUACAUCCGCCACGCUUUUACGGCAACCUUCAAAACACAAGUCUACAUGGGCUCCUCUCAUCUGCCCAAGAGCUCCCCGGGAAGAAUAGUCAUGACCUGUACGUGGCUUGUGGUCAUUAUGGUGGUGUCGGUUUACAACGGGCACUUGACAGCCUUCCUCUCCAUCCCUCGCAUGUCCAAGGUGCCCAACACUGUCAGGGAGAUGAUCGAGAUGGGCUAUGACAUGUCCAUCAGCCGAGGGUACUCACAGUAUUACAAAAUGAAGUCAUCCCCGAUCGAGGAGCACCAGUACAUCCUGCAGACCGCUCGCUUUCGCCAAGAUGUAGGCCUAACGCCUGACCAAAAAUACAUAACGGAGGUUCUCACCGAGCCUGUCGCUCUCUUGGUGAGCAUCGUAGCAAUUACUGGAAUACAGGAUGCGAACUCUGAAACAGUUGGCGCCGAACAAGUGUGUCGACUCAAGUCAGGCACGGAACCGCUCUUCACCCAGUAUGGCGGGAUUGCCUACCCUCAGAAUUCUCCUCUGAAGGAAGUCAUUGACGCGCAACUGAGCAGAGCGAGCAGCAGCGCCCUCAUCAAAUACCCGCCUCCUAAGUGUCGUUCGGAUAUACAAAUUGAAAAGGAGAAGGAACCCCUGGGACUCGUGAUCGUGAGUGGCGUCCUCGUCCUCUGGACCGUGGGGAUCGCCCUGUCCAUGCUCGUGUUCCUGGUGGAGAUCAUCUUCCAUGCCAGCACCUCGGACUGAGAGGAAAUGUUGUUCGUUGUCUGUCUGUCUGGCUGUCUAUUUAU